AUGUCCAAGGUCAGCCGAGGUUCUGGGUCCACGCUACUGCUAGACCCUCACAAGUACUCUGAAGAUCCUGAUUGGCCAGACGACAAGAACUUCACUUACACAUGGUUCUGCCGGCGGGUGGAGCGUGACCCAGAGCAUCCGAUGGACCAGGAAGGCCGCCUCUACCGCUACAACACCCAGUCCAUCCCCACCCCCAUCACCACCUUCCGUGGGUCUGCUGGUGGCUGCUUCGGCUAUGGUCCAGGGGCGCUGGAGUAUCACCAGGGACAGUUGCUAUUGGUGAUGUUGUCCUUAGUGGAGGUGGAGGUGACAUACGAGGUGAUGGUCAUGGUGGAGAAGGACACCCGCUACGCUCUCGCCAAGGUGCUGGUCGAGGUGAUGUCUGUCGCACAACCAGUCAUCGACAUCAUGUGUGCGGAUGCCAAACUGUGUCAUCCAGUGUUCUCCGGUCUUCUAAUUAAUCCAUCCUCCCGCGUUGCCCUGGAGAGUAUGUGCACCUCCAGCUGUCACGACCACAUGACCUACACCUGGUCCAUCACCACUGCUUCUGGUCAACCUGUCGUCGAGGAGAGGACCUGCCCACAGCCCACAACAUCCGACCAGACGACUCGGGAGGAGGUUAACGAGGGUGAAGCUUCCUUAUCCCCUGAUCCUUGUCCACCACUGGUGCGAACUGGGAAAGCUGCGAGAGACAUUGCCAUCAGCAGUGAACUUUUCCUCCUCAACCCUGACCAGAACGAAUUUAAGCUUACCCUCGAGGUCACCACGCCUACUGGGACUAGAGGAGAGUACGUGAUGACUUUGGUGCUGAACAAACCUCCUGCUGGGGGGAACUGCACAGUGAUGCCGCCUUGGGGACGUGCCAUGGUUGACACCUUCGCCGUCACUUGCCAGGGCUGGAAGGAUCCUGAGGGAGCCGGCAUCGACCAGUACACACUUUUUGUGUACGAGGCGACAGAUGGUGAACCCUUGAAGAGAACCAUUGUCUCGAUCACCAGACCUGAAGCAGAGAUUAUCAUGUCUCUCGGGAACUUCACCAUCCACGCUGAGGUCUGGGAUAGGUUUGGCACCUACGUAGAGACAGCCAUUGGCACUAUCGAGGUGGUCAUGCCGACAGAGGAAGAGGUGGAGGAAUUUGGGGUAGUGGACAAAAUCGAAUACCUGACAGCCAUCGGUAACCAGUUCAAGAUUGGAAUGUUGCUGAUGGCGAGGGCUUCCAUCAGGGAGAACGCGCCUUGGCUCUCCCUCGACGCCGCCUCCCUCACCAGCCUCACUGGCAAGGAGGUCGACCUAAGGCUCAUGGAUAUAGCCAAGAUGAACACUGAGGCACUCAAGACAGCUAAAGAAACGGUGAGUUUCGCCACACUAAGUGAACUGAACGUCGGUGCUGGCGUACUGAGGGCGGCUACUGAAGGUAUAACUAAGACAGCGGAAGCGGCCAAGACCGUCGACAUGGAGGCUAGAGUAGCCGCCCUCACCCUACUGGAGGUGAGUAGUGACGUGUGUGUGUGUACAUAA